UUUCUAAACCCCUUAAGCUUCUUCAACCACCCUCAUAUCCCCCAUUCUCACCUCCGUACUCUUUUACUCUUUUAGAGAGAGAGAGAGAGAGAGAGCAGGAGUUUCGGUUUUUAACCUUACUCUCUGUUCAGAUAACAUAGAGAGAGAAAUUAAUAACAUGAAGGUUUGUGUCUGGAGUUGGAGGUUGUAGCAGCUGUGGUGGCAGUACGCAUUGUACUCAGUCUUGGAAGAGUUAACGGUGUUUUCUCAAAAUAGAAAAAAUAUCAGAGAAGCGAGGGCGAGGAAACUAUGGAUCCGUGCCCUUUUCUGCGCUUGACCGUAGGCAAUUUGGCCCUCAAGAUUCCUGUUGCCUCAAAGCCCGCUCGCUCCGUUGUUCAUCCUUCUUCUUCUCCAUGUUUCUGCAAAAUCAAGCUCAAGAACUUUCCGCUCCAGACCGCCGUCGUGCCGUUCAUUCCGCCGGAGAAUCAGUUUCCCGACGGUCACGUCCAUAACGUGGCGGCUACGUUUCACUUGAGCAAGUCCGAUCUCGAAAAGUUCGCCGGAAAAUCGAUAUUUGCCGGAAAAUCGAUAUUCGCCGGGAAACUCAGCUUGAGAAUCUCGAUCUACACCGGCCGGAGAGGUACUACCUGCGGCGUGAACUCCGGGAAGUUGUUGGCGAAAGUGUCCGUGCCGUUGGAUCUGGCGGGAACGGAGUCUAGGCCUUGUACUGUUUUUCACAACGGUUGGAUUUCGGUGGGGAAAGAAGCCAAAGGCUCCUCCGCGCGAUUCCACUUGAAUGUGAAGGCGGAGCCUGAUCCAAGGUUCGUGUUUCAGUUCGAUGGCGAGCCUGAGUGUAGUCCACAAGUUUUUCAGAUCCAAGGCAACAUUAGGCAACCAGUUUUUACUUGCAAAUUCAGUUUCAGAAGCACCGGUGACCGGAAUCAAAGAUCAAGAUCAUUACAAUCCGACCUAGGCAGCUCGAGAAGCUGGCUAAGCUCAUUUGGGAGCGAGCGAGAACGACCAGGAAAGGAACGAAAGGGAUGGUCCAUAACGGUCCACGAUCUUUCCGGCUCACCAGUUGCCGCAGCAUCAAUGGUCACUCCUUUCGUUGCCUCACCCGGGUCUGACCGAGUCAGUCGGUCCAACCCGGGAUCCUGGCUCAUUCUCCGCCCAGGAGACGGGACAUGGAAACCCUGGGGCCGCCUCGAGGCGUGGCGCGAGCGAGGCGGCUCGGACGGGUUGGGCUACCGAUUCGAGCUCAUCCCGGACAUGGGCGCGGCCGGCAUUGUGUUGGCGGAAUCGACAUUGAGCUCACACAAAGGAGGGAAGUUCUUGAUCGACUUGGGGUCGAGCUCGAACGGUCGAGUCACGCCGGUUAACUCGAACUCGCCAGCGUGCAGUCCGAGAGGUAGCGGGGACUACGGGUUGGGGCUGUGGCCAUAUUGCGUGUACAGAGGGUUUGUAAUGUCGGCUAGCGUGGAAGGAGAGAGUAAGUGCAGCAAACCCAGCGUGGAAGUGAGUGUGCAACACGUGAAUUGUACGGAGGACGCUGCUGCUUUCGUGGCUUUAGCCGCAGCUCUCGAUCUUAGUAUGGAUGCCUGUAGGCUUUUCUCUCAUCGACUCAGGAAAGAGCUUUGCCAGCCACAUGAUUUGCUCAGCUAAUGGAUCAUGAUGAUUCAUCAUGAUUAUUCAAUUCGUUUCUUUUUUUUCUUUUAUUCAAAUCUUUUUUUGGUUAAUUGUGAUUGGGGUUUUCGAUGGAAUUUGGAUUCCAUCGGCUGUGAGUGAGAGAUUUACUACUAACAAACAAUCUACAGACUGUACAGUGAGAGAGAGAGGGGUAGACAGGGCACGCUUUGUUUUUACUUGUGUGGCUUGUAUUGAUUAUGUUUUUUUUUUUUUUUUCCUUUUUAUUGAAAAAACUUGCGGGGUUGUUUUCGAUAAAUUUUUAGUCGCUGACUGACUCCAUAAUCUUCAUUUUUUAUAUAAUUCCUAAUUUUAUACUUGCAGUAUAUAAAUAAUAAAGAACAGGUACACGUUAUUAUUA